UAUGCACGUAGCAUCAGGUAGCAUAUGCUUUCGAACAGUCGUGUGUGUAGUGCAUGUUAUGCGUGUAACAGGUUUUAAGAUUUUUUUUCUGUAGUGAUUAAUUUGUGAAAAGUGAUCAAAAUUUAACGGUUUUAUUCUACUAUAAAACAAUAUUAAUGACGAUAUGGGUGUCCCAGCGUUUUUCCGAUGGUUAAGUCGAAAAUAUCCUUCCGUGAUAGUCGAGUGUAUAGAACAAAAGCCAAUAAACUCUAAUGGAGUACAUGUUCCUGUAAACUCAGCAGAUCCUAAUCCAAAUGGGGUUGAGUUUGAUAAUUUAUAUUUGGAUAUGAAUGGAAUCAUUCAUCCAUGUACACAUCCAGUAGAUCAACCUGCGCCAAAGAACGAGGAAGAAAUGAUGGAGGCUAUUUUCGAGUGUAUUGAUCGUUUGUUUCGUAUUGUAAGACCCAGGAAGUUACUUUACAUGGCUAUAGAUGGAGUUGCACCUAGAGCUAAAAUGAAUCAACAAAGAUCACGUCGUUUCCGUGCAUCCAAAGAAGCGAGUGAAAAACUCAUUGAAAUUCAAAGGGUUCGUUCUGAAUUAGCUUUAAAAGGAGCUAUAUUACCACCAGAAAAGCCGAAAGAAGAACACUUUGAUAGCAAUUGCAUUACCCCGGGCACUCCAUUUAUGGCAAGAUUAUCAAAAUGUUUACAUUAUUAUAUACACGAUCGUUUGAAUAAUGAUCCAGGUUGGAGGAACAUAACAGUCAUAUUGAGUGAUGCAAAUGUUCCAGGAGAAGGAGAACACAAAAUAAUGGAUUUUAUUAGAAGACAAAGAGCUCAACCCAAUCAUGACCCUAACACACAGCAUGUAUUGUGUGGUGCCGAUGCUGAUUUAAUUAUGUUGGGUCUCGCUACACAUGAACCCAAUUUUACAAUUAUUCGUGAAGAAUUUAAACCGAAUAAACCAAAACCAUGCGAUAUAUGUGGUCAAUUAGGACACGAAAUGCAAGAAUGUACUGGAGCAGAACAUAAUCAAAAAGAAGAGAACAAUACAUUUUCCGCAGAAUGUCAAUAUAUAUUUGUUCGAUUAAAUGUUUUAAGAGAAUAUUUAGAAAGAGAACUGCAAAUGCCCAAUCUACCGUUUAAAUAUGAUUUUGAACGUGCUAUAGACGAUUGGGUUUUUAUGUGUUUUUUCGUAGGAAAUGAUUUUCUACCUCAUCUUCCGUCAUUGGAAAUUAGAGAAGGAGCUAUUGAUAGGCUUGUAAAUUUGUACAAAAAGGCUGUGUAUAAGACAGGAGGAUUUUUAACGGAUAGUGGUGACGUUAAUUUGGAUAGAGUGCAGAUGAUAAUGUCUGAACUCGGUGAAGUUGAGGAUGAAAUUUUUAAGAAAAGGCAACAGAACGAAUUGGCUUUUAAACAACGUGAAAAGGAUAAGAAAAAAAGAUUAAAAGCACUUAGCAAUUAUAAGCCCAAAUGGAUACCUACAGGACAAUUUGCACCUAUGCCAUUGGGACAAACCGUCAAACCAAUUGAAAAUGCACGCCGUGAAGCUUAUCAAAUGCGCAUGCAAAAUCAACAUUAUAAUACUUGUUCGAUUAUGCAGUCGGAACAUGCAUCGGUAGCAAACACCGCGCUCGAAAGUAUGCUGCGUGCUGAGAAUAAAAACGAUUUAAACAAACGUAGAAUCGAUGAGAUAUCAGCGGAUGAUACUGAUGAUGAUGAUGAUGAUGAUGAUCAAGCACAGGAUGAAGUUAGACUUUGGGAAGAUGGCUUUAAAGAUCGUUAUUAUGAAUCGAAGUUUGACGUAUCUCCCGAGAAUCUCGCAUUUAGAAACAAUGUAGCCUUACAGUAUGUACGAGGUUUGUGUUGGGUUUUACGUUAUUAUUAUCAAGGUUGCGCUUCUUGGAAAUGGUAUUUUCCAUAUCAUUACGCACCUUUUGCAAGUGAUUUUAUUAAUAUCGGUGGUCUUUCUACAGAAUUUGAGAAAAAUACUGUACCAUUUCGUCCUUUAGAACAGCUGAUGGGUGUAUUUCCAGCAGCUAGUAGUAAGCACGUGCCACGACCAUGGGCAAAACUAAUGAAUGAUCCAAAAUCUCCGAUCAUAGAUUUUUAUCCAGAAGACUUUAAGAUAGACCUGAAUGGUAAAAAGUUUGCUUGGCAAGGUGUAGCUUUACUUCCUUUUGUCGAUGAAAAAAGAUUGUUUAAGGCAUUAGAGCCUUAUUACGACAGCUUAACGGAAGCAGAAAAAAGACGAAACGUACGUGGAGACGAUCGCUUGUACGUGGGUAUAGGAAACAAUGGAUAUAAUUUUAUAAAAGGGCUUUAUAUAAAUGGAGUGGGAUUUGAUACUGAAACGCCAAUACGUAUAGAUUGUAUGAGAGGUAUGGUGUUGUUGGCAGAGGAUUGUGUCGGAGAUGGAGCUACACUACUUUCUCCGAUCAAUGGAUUACCAGUAAGAAAUAAUAAAGUAUAUUGUGUACGUUUCCGGGAUCCAAAGUACAAUAGUAAUUUCAUCUUUCCUACAAAGAAAUUGAAAGGUGUUAUAGAACCUGCAAAAGUGUUGAAACCUCAAGACUUUGAACAGAUGAAUCGUAACAAUGGUAAUCAAUGGAGGCCACAGAUCGGUUUUACUCCUUCGACACGAUUUGCAUCUUUAAGCGAGGCUGGUCAUCGAAUGCUCGAUCAUCACACAAAUUUCAACAGAACAUUACCGAUGUAUGGACACGUACCACCACCUCCGAAUGUUUAUCAACAUCAACAGCAAUACCAGCAACAUCACGGAUAUCAUAGUGGAUAUCAAUCGAGAUCGGGAGGAUAUAAUACCGCUAGUUCAAGUGGAUCCUCCUCGUUAUCGUCGGGACCAUGGGCUAGUGGCUAUGGUCCAACACCACAGUAUCUUCAACACCGAUCCAUAGAAUUUCGCCAGCAACAAAGACAUCCUUACUCACACCAACAACAGCAUCAAGCUCGAAAUGGAAACAAUUAUCAGUCUUCUCAGAACAAUUAUCAUGGUUAUCAACAAAGAAAUGGCAAUUCUGAUCGAUAUGGAGGUGGUAGCGGGGGAAAUAGCGGAUGGAGACGAUAAAUGAAUGACUUUUAUCCUUUUCAUAACGUCCGCUCUUAUAUUUUUUUAUAUUUUAUUUUAUGUCUUUUUAAGCUGCAUAAUAAGUUAAAUUGCAUAAUCGAAUUAAUAGUAUAAUCAAAUAGCGGAAUAUAAGAUUAUAAUGUUGGUGUGAAUAAUUCUUUUUGUUACUAUUAACAGCUGAUCUAUCUUUUAUUGUAAAAAAUGAUAGUAUAAAGAUGAAUAACAUAUCUGUGUUCACUAUAGCAUUCGAAUGUGAUAGCAUUCGAUAUAGUUCUUACAUAUUAAAUGUACAUCAUACAUAAUAAGUGCAUAAUUUCAUAUGUAUGUAGAUUAGAAUCAAAGAAAAAAUCACAAUCCGUUUGUGUUCGAUUAUUACUUUUUCUUCUUUUUUUUUUUUAAUGUCCAUAUCGACUUUAUUGAGGGAACAAAAAAGCUUUUUUUAACGAGAGGUUAUAUAUAUAUAUAUAUAUAUAUAUAUAUAUAUGUAUGUAUGUAUGUAUGUAUGUAUAUGUAUUUGUUGGUAAUUCGUAAGAGAAUGAUAAUUAAAUCUAAGAAAGCAUUCGAAACGAAUCUAAUCUAGACAUUAAAUUAAAACGUACAUUUAUUUAAUUUACAAAUUAUAAUGCUGUUACAUAUAUACGAAUGAUUUUAAUGUACGUAUGUAUUGAUAUGUAAAAUUAAUACGUGUUUAUAUAUAUAUUUAUAUAUAUAUAUGUAUAUCUUACUUACAUUUUUUAUGAAAUCAGUUGAAAAAAUUUUCUAGAAACGAUUCGUUUUCGUUUGCGAUCUAUUUCUCGUUACAUAUCUCUAUAUAAAAUAUUAAUAUUCUAUAACAAACAAUUUCAUUUGCAUAAUAUUUCAUACUAUCUUUAAAUACGGUAGUAUCGUCGUCUAUCAUAUUACAGAAAAUAUAUUCUAUUCUUUUUCCAAUUUAGGAUAAAAAUUUUUCUCGAUUAUUAUAACAUUCUAAGCGUUUCAUCGUUUUAUUUUUUAUAUGAUGGUCUUUGUAGGUAAAACGCAGGACAAUCGGCCGAUCGGUUCGAUAGCAGUUAUGUGUAAUGAUUGUAUUACGAUAGACAAAUAGUUAUUGUUCAUAUUGUACAUAAACAUAGAAAUAAUAUACAUUAUCCGCUAUUACUAAACGAUCUAUUAAAUUAGA